UGUAACCCAACAACAAAUCCCAGACCAAGGUUCUGUUGCCCUCCUUCCAUAACCCUUCAACCUUUCACAGCCACAAACAAACACCAACCCAAAUGGAACAACAACAAUCUGCACAACACGAAAACCAUGAUUUCAUUUUCCGUUCCAAACUCCCCGACAUUAACAUUCCCUCGCACCUACCUCUCCACACUUACAUCUUCCAAAACAUCUCCCAAUUCAGCCACCGGCCCUGCCUCAUCAACGCCGCUACUGGAGACUGCUUCACCUAUGCCGACGUCCAACUCACCGCUCGCAGAGUCGCCGCCGGCCUCACCAAACUCGGCAUCCAGCACGGCGACGUCAUCCUCCUUCUCCUCCAGAACUGCCCCCAGUUCGUCUUCGCAUUCCUGGGCUCCUCCUUCUGCGGCGCCACCAUCACCACCGCUAACCCCUUCUACACUCCGGCGGAGGUGGCCAAGCAAGCCGCGGCGUCGAACACCAAACUCAUCAUAACGGAGGCGUCGUUCGUGGACAAGGUGAAGGAUUUCGCGAGGGAAAACGACGUCAGAGUGAUGUGCGUUGACGCGGCGCCGGAAGGUUGCCUUCACUUCUCGGAGUUGACGGAGGCAAACGAGAAUGACAUUCCCGGCGUUAAAAUAUCCCCAGACGACGUGGUUGCGCUGCCGUAUUCUUCAGGAACGACGGGGCUUCCGAAGGGAGUGAUGCUAACGCACAAGGGGAUGGUUACGAGCGUGGCGCAACAAGUGGACGGAGAGAACCCUAAUUUAUAUAUACGUAGCGAGGACGUGGUGUUGUGCGUGCUUCCACUUUUCCAUAUUUAUGCGCUCUGUACUGUUUUGCUCUGUUCCCUUCGAGUUGGGGCUGCUGUUUUGAUAAUGCCGAAAUUCGAUAUGGUGAAGUUGCUGGAGCUGGUGGAAAAACACAAAGUGAGUGUGACGCCGUUUGUGCCACCCAUUAUUUUGGCGAUUGCGAAGAGCGAAGAUUUGCAGCGAUACGACCUAUCGUCGAUUCGAAUGAUAAUAUGUGCUGCAGCACCUGUGGGGGAGGAAGUUUCCAAUUCUAUGAGGGUGAAAGUUCCGAGCGCCAUAUUCGGUCAGGGUUACGGGAUGACGGAGGUAUCAUCUAUUUCGUUCUCCUUAGGGUUUGCGAAGGAAGCAGUGGAUGUGAAAGCAGGUUCUAUCGGGAGCGUGGUAAGGAACACGGAGUUGAAGAUCGUUGACCUUCAAACAAGUGCUUCGCUCCCUAGGAAUAAAGCUGGUGAGAUUUGCAUCAGAGGCAACCAGAUCAUGAAAGGUUACCUAAAUAACGAAGAGGCGACAAAAAAUACAAUAGAUACGGAGGGAUGGUUGCAUACGGGUGAUAUUGGGUACAUCGAUGAUGAUGAUGAACUUUUCAUCGUUGAUCGAAUGAAGGAAUUGAUCAAAUACAAAGGAUUUCAAGUGGCUCCAGCGGAGUUGGAAGCCAUUCUAAUUGCACACCCCGAUAUUUCAGAUGCUGCUGUUGUAUCCAUGAAGGAUGAAGUUGCAGGAGAAGUUCCAGUAGCAUUUGUUGUACGAUCAAAAGCUUCUAAUAUAUCUGAGCAAGAAAUCAAGCAAUACAUCUCAAACCAGGUUGUGUUUUAUAAAAGAGUCACUAGGGUUUUCUUUGUGGGCUCCAUUCCAAAGUCUGCCACCGGAAAGAUCUUGCGAAGAGAAAUCAUGGCAAGGCUUUGAGGCCCAACCUUCUCAAAAUGAGGCCCAAUGUCAUGAAUUCAAUUCAUCCGAAUAAGUUGUUCGUUUACUUAAAACUAGUGCUAUA